UCAACAGCAGCAAGAGUUAGUCAGCCACCUCGGUCGCUUGCUAGACAAAAUAGCAGAACCAAUACAUCUAUUUAGACGCUUUAGUGUAUAUUAGCCACUGAGUUUUAAACCCACUUCCUUCGUCUAGUUAGUUAUCCGAUUUAAUUUCAUAUUUACGGUGUUGUUGUUAUUAGUCAGUUAGCGGGCUGGUUAAGUUAGCAUUAGCCUCGCUAGCUAACAUUCCCGACCAUGAGCUCACUAAGGUUCUCCCCUUCUGUUGAAAAAGAGGUCUGCUGGACGGAAAAAGAGGGACUGUGGCUGAACGUUGUUGUGAAAGAGGAGGCAGAGGAGUACACAAUACAAAAACAAGUGGAGGGUGAGGCUGUUAUAGUAAAAGAAGAAGAGAAAGACGUUUCAGUUAAAGAAGAAGAAGACGCGUUCAGAGUGAAAGAGGAAGAGGAUGUUACAGUAAAAGAAGAGGAGGAAGAGGAUGAUGCAUGUUUUCGAGUGAAAGAGGAGGAGGGGGAGAUGACUGUGACAUUGAAAAAAGAGGAGGCAACUGGAUAUCUGGGCUCGGUUUCCCAAAGGCAUGUUAAGGCAUCCAAUGGCUCUAAAGUUGAACGGGCCCUGAUUAAUACUAGAGAGAGACAGGACUAUCGUGGAUCCUCUGGGGAGUCGACAGGAGAGAGAUGUGAGUAUCCUGGGUCCUCUGGGGAGUCUCAACAACAACAUUAUGCUGAAGAGGCAGAGAAGAGUCUCUUCAGAUCAGAACACCUCAAGAAACACCAGCAGAGACCCACAUUGACGAAUCCUUACUGCUGCUCUGACUGUGAGAAGAAUUGCAAAUCUUCAUCAGAACUUAAAAUACACCAGAGAAUCCACACAGGAGAAAAGCCGUACCACUGCUCUCAUUGUGGAAUGAGUUUCUCUAGAUCAUAUUCAUUGAAAACACACCUGCUAAUUCACACAGGAGAGAAAUCUUAUAGCUGUACUCAAUGUGGAAAGAGUUUUACUACAUCUUCCAAUCUGACUAAACACCAGAAAACACACACAACAGAGAAACCUUAUAGCUGUGAUCAAUGUGGGAAGAGUUAUGGUACAGCUAGCUAUCUGACUUUACACCAGAGAACACACACAGGAGAGAAAUCUUACAGCUGUGAUAAAUGUGAUAAGAGUUAUGUUACAUCUAGCUCUCUGACAGUACACCAGAGAACACACACAGGAGAGAAACCAUUUAGCUGUAAUCAAUGUGGGAAGAGUUUUACUACAUCUAGCUCUCUGAAGGUACACCAGAGAACACACACAGGAGAGAAACCAUGUAGCUGUACCCAAUGUGGAAAGAGUUUUACUCGAUCAAGCUCCCUGCAAAUGCACCAGAGAAUACACACAGGUGAGAAACCAUAUAGCUGUAAUCAAUGUGGGAAGAGUUUUACUCAGCCAAAUGGACUGAUAUUACACCAGCGCACACACACAGGAGAGAAACCAUAUAGUUGUACUCAAUGUGGGAAGAGUUUUAUACAGGCAAGCUGCCUGAAAGUACACCUGAGAACGCACACAGGAGAGAAAUCUUAACACUGCUCUGACUGCGACAAGAGUUUUGUUAGCUUAAGUGAUUUAAAAUCGCACUAGAGAACACAUACACAGGAGAGAACCCUUAUAGCUGUGAUCAAUGUGACAAAUGAUACUUUGAUAAAAGAUCUCUGAUCAGACAUCAGAAAAUACAUACAUGAAAGAGUUGUUUUAAUAAUGUCACAAUGUAGAACCUAAACGUUUGUCCCCUGUUCUAUUGAUUUCAACAUGAUAUGGAUAUUAGCCUCAGAGAAAAAUCCAGGCUCUGAAUUGAAAGAGUACUAUUUAUAUGAUUUAACAAAAAGUGACGUUACACUUACCACGUUGGUGACCCACUUGAAUCAAAAUGCAACACUUCAAAAUGUACAGUUGAAGUCGGAAGUUUACAUACACCUUCGCCAAAUACAUUUAAACUCCGUUUUUCACAGUUCCUGACAUUUAAUCCUAAUUCAAAUUCCCUGUCUUAGGUCA